GUUGCUGUGCGGCGUGAUACGAGCGCAGCACGGAUGGAGGAAGCAGCUGCUGAUUACUGACUCAGUUUGAGGUUGACAUCUACAUGAGAACAUUUGGCGAAUUUAACCUCUGUUGCGCUUCUAAAUAGGACCAGCUUGCAUGAAUGGAUAAUGCUGCCAAACAGUCUGACUGUCACUGAUGAUGAAUGAAAAUUUGUUUCCGAUUAGCUGCACAUCACUCUAACCGAAGAGAGCAGUUUAAUUCCAGUGGACAGAACUUUUCACACUGAUGCAAAUAAGUCCCAAGGAUACAGCCAAAGAGCCCUCCUUGUUUUAAUGGGUCCAAUCAUCGGUAUGUCGCCGGAUAAGAAAGCAGAGUCCCCAGGGUUGCUAGAGGAUCACGUGUGUGCGCAGGCGUCAUGCAGGGCAGCCGCGCUGCCUGAGGCUGAGUGUGCCUCCAGCCCCCUGGCCACCAGCGUCGACCGCGUAUCCGGUGCCGCCGACGAGGAGCUCACCAACCUCAACUGGCUUCACGAGAACCUCCUGCAGAACUUCACGCUGGGUGGGCCCGAGGCCCAGGCUAGCCCCAGCCCGCUCUUUGACAUCGAGGGCAGGUCAGAGCACUUCUCCAGCUCGCCGGCCUCGUCCGCUUGCUCUCGCGCAAAUGAUCAGGACUCGCUCAAGUCCAAGCCCCCAUUCUCCUUUUCCCUGCUCAUCUACAUGGCUAUUGAACAGUCGCCCAGCAAGUCAUUGCCCGUCAAGGACAUCUAUGGCUGGAUCCUGGAGCACUUCCCCUACUUCUCCAGUGCCCCCACUGGCUGGAAGAACUCAGUGCGCCACAACCUGUCUCUCAACAAGUGCUUCCGUAAGGUGGAGAAGAGCCUUGGGAAGGUAAAUGGGAAGGGCUCUUUAUGGUGCGUUGACCCUGAGUACAGGCCGAAUCUGAUCCAAGCUCUAAAGAAACAGCACUUCCCUGCACCCCAUGGCUUCUAUACACCUCCUGCCUCCCCACCUAGUGCCUUCUCGCCUUCCCGUAAUCUCUUUCUACAGGGCUGCUCUCUCAAAGAGUCUGAUAUUGAUGCUGCCACAGCUAUGAUGCUCUUAAACUCUGCCCCGGGGCACCACGUCAAUCCAUCUGACCCUGACAUCCCCAUGGACUUGUCCCGACCUGACUCGGUCCUGGUGAGCAGUGACCCAAAGCAAGACCACAACUACAGCAGCUCCUCUUUCCAGCGCUGCUCUUCCCGUUCUUCCUCCUCCUCUUCCUCCCCCACCUCGCUCUCCUCUCUAGACGAGGGCAGGGGCGGUAUGGCCAGAGAGGAUUCAGUGCAGGGACUGUGGGCCGGCAGUGAAGGCUUUCACAGCGACGAGGACUCAGAGGAGGAGCGGAGUCCCCGGCGGACACCUGUCACUCCACGCCGCCCACCUGCACUCAAGUGCUCCCCUCCCUGCAAGAGGGUGCGGCGUGAGGCCAGACCGGAACUGGAUGAGGAGCUGAAGGAGGCGGCUGGCUCUCUCCUGCACCUGGCCGGCGUCCGCUCCUGCCUGGACCUGUCCAAGCGGGCUGUCUCAGCUGUCAAGAGCAAAAAAAUGGAAAAGUUUUGGAAAUGAGGGGUCUGCACGUGUGCCUGCAAUUUGUGCCCCUCACACCCUUUCUCCCAACCCCAGACUGUAUGGCAGUGACUGUGCCUCAUUUUUUCUCCUGAUCAAUUACAUUUUUAUGUUCGUUUUUGUUAUACCCCAUCUCCCUUUAUUAGGACUAUUUCCCUCUCCAGCUUAAGCUACGGCAAUACUACCAUUCACACAGUAGAACUAAGCCAUAUGAAGCCUUUUGUGUGAGGGCAAAGAAAAGCAAAAUUUUUAUACCUAUCCCAAAAGAAUUAAGUGUGUUUUCACAUAACAGACACAAACUCUUUCCUGAAAAUCAAGCUUCAGGAAAAAGAUGAACAUGUUUAUUUCUUUACUAUAACUACUUUGCAUGCUUCCUCUUCAAAUCAGUGUCCUCCUUUUUCAAGUGAAUCUGUGGUGUUUAUAGAAUGAGUGCUUGUCUACAAUCUACAUGGAACUAACCACCCCUGUGUGAAACCUUUUGAAUUUCUAGGCAUUAAGGGGAAAAAUCAAAUCCCCCAAAGGUGGAUUUUUUUUGUUUGGUUGUUUUGGGUUUUUUUUUUUUUUUUUGGAUAGACCACCUCAGUUUACCAUACCAAGGCAGAUGCAAUAAUAACCUUCUGACAUCACAGUCGUUGGCACUGAUCAUGUUCAUUUUUUGGAACAUAUUUUGCUUUGGUUGCACUGCCAGUGUCAAAAAGUAGUAUAGAGCAAAGUGGUUGUUUGAAUUGAGGGCAAGAUUUUUGGGACUGAACUCCUCGCUGGCUAUCGAGUUUGGCUUUUUUCGGUUUGAGGGCUCUGAUUCAGAUGUCGCAUCACCAUUGAAGAAUACAUGACAGAAUUGCAGGACUUCUGCUGGGUGGGUUUCAAACUGGGGAUCGACCCUAAAAAGAAUCCCACACUGCUGACCCACCUCUUUCUCUCACCUUCUUUUGGCCACUGCUGUUUCAUUUUCCUGUCCCCUCACUGUUUUGUGUGCAGCUGGAACUGAUCUUAGCAGUGGAGUUUUUUGUUUAUAUUUCCUAUUUGUUUACAACCUAUGCAACAACAAAACAAAACAAAACAAAAAAUGGCAGCCGUAGUAGCCAUGUUUGAACCUUUGAAUAUAUCUGUGCGCGUAUGAGUGUGCAUGUUUUUAUAAGGUGUGCCUAACUGCACUGAUGGGGGUCAUGAGUGGAAAGUCUGAUGCGUCAAGCUCCAGGUUUUUUACUAACAGGCUGGCAGGAAGAAAGCAGUUCAGGAACACUACCAUGUCAUCCCAUAAUCCCUGCAGCAUUCCUUUUGUCAUUCCAACACCAGGACAUAGAAAAGGACCAAUCUGAAUCAACUUGAAGUGGUCCACUUUGUUGCACUUAUCAUUGUUUUCAUUUAUGCACUGUAUUGGUGUAUCAAAGCCUAAACCACAAGUUACUCUUUGACAGUAGUUAGUGGAUGACUACUUACUGUAUUGUUAGUCCAGUCUUUAUAGUUUAGUAUUUCUCUCACUCUAACACCCCUAAUUCAAUUCAACAUCUUAUAAUGAAGCCCUAAUUCAUGGGAACUGGAGUAAGGGCGACCUCUUACUGCAGUGUUGUAAAAGGUUCAAAGAACCACUCACUUGUAUGUUUGAAUUCCCUGCCAAUAAGGAACCUUUUCAUGUUUGUAGUAAUGAUAACACUGGGAUCACACAAAAGACUGACCUCAUAAUGAAUAUUUAAGUUCAAGGUCAUUUUACUGGUAUGUUGAAUAAGCUCUGUUUUCUGCCAUCAUAGAAUAGAGGUUCCCCCCCACCCCUCAGCCCUGAGGAAAAAAACACUCUUUAAAGAGAAUUGUACAAUAGUGCAGAAUUAAUUGUUAAGCCCUGGGGCAGUUCAUUAGAAAUGCAUGACCUGUGCCAAAACAAUUUAAUCACUGCCACAAAGGUAUCCUGUUGAGUUAAUGAUGGCCAUAUUUCUUGCAAUUUUUGGAGGAAGGGUAAGGAAAUAGGACUUUUUCACCUAGGCUUUUAAUAUCACAAAUAUCAUUUUGUUCUGAAGUAAAAAGGGUUCCAAGUGUUUUAUUUCUGAUGGCAUGCCUUAGGAGAGGGGCUUUUAAUGACUGCCAAAGCCUUUUUGGGCCCUCUCUGUAAAGAAUUGUGAUAUAUUUAAAAUUUUGGAGCUGCAACGGUGGUGUCACAACUAUUUUAAUAUAAAAUGUUAUCAGAAAAUAUCAGUUAUCAGAAACUGCCAUUAUGAACUGCCAGUUCAUAUGAGGUCAUUCAUGCAUUUUCUGGAGAUAGACAUUCUUGUUUGCUAUUCAAAAAUGCUGUUUUACAAUAGUGUUUAUUGUUUGUUUAAGAUUUAAUUCUGAAGAAUGUAAGAGAAGAAAUUGCCAACUAAAGGUUGACAUGAUUUGUAACUGCCACUGAAGCUCUUUUUGCAACUGUUUUUCAUUCAUUGAACACAGUGUAUUACUCAUCCCUAAUGACUGUCUUAAUGAGCUGUUUUGUUAUUUUAUUAUCGGGGUACUUGGAAUUCUAUUCCCUCUUUUGGGGAUUUGACAAGGUCACGGAUUCGCUAUAUGAUGAAACUCGACUUUUGGUAUUCCUACUUUAUUGCUAACUCAAGCUGCCACCUCAGUAUCAGUUUAUUAUUUUAUUCUGCUGUCUGUUAGACAGACACAAAUGUGGUUUUUGUAUUCUAACCUCUGUUAAUAAAAAUGUUUAUAGUUUAUUUUCGCCAAAGAUAUGCAAUUGCAUUAUACAUGGUAUUAUUGAAUAAAAUAUGUGCUUCUUUUACA